AUGCUGGGAAUGCCAAAUAGAUUCUCUUACGAAGAGUUGAAGAACGUCACCAACAAUUUCAGCAACAAGCUUGGCCAAGGUGGAUUUGGGUCUGUUUUUCGUGGAAUCCUACCUUCAGGUUCUGAAGUUGCGGUGAAGCAUCUUGUUGGUUUUGGUCCAGUUAAAAGUCCUUCACAGCUGAAGCUUUUAGUUUACAAGUACAUGGCAAAUGGCUCCCUAGAUCAAUGGAUCUUCAACAAAAACCAAGAACCUGCUCUUGGAUGGCAAAUUAGAAAGAAGAUAAUUCUAGAUAUAGCCAAGGGAUUGGCCUAUCUUCAUGAAGAAUGCAACCAAAAGAUACUUCACUUGGACAUCAAAUCUCAGAAUAUUCUUUUAGAUGAGAAUUUUAAUGCUAAAGUUUCAGAUUUCGGGUUAUCUAAGCUAAUUGGAAGAGACCAAAGUCGAGUUGUAACAACUAUGAGGGGAACCCCUGGUUACAUGGCUCCUGAAUGCUCUCAACAAGUGGAAGAUAGACAUUUAGUCGGACUUUUUAGGAGAAAGCAAGAAAUGGGGCAACUUAUGGAUUUAGUCGACAAGUGCAGCGAUGAUAUGCUAUCGAAUGCAGCAGAAGUUGUAGAGAUGAUGAAGGUUACCGCAUGGUGUUUACAAACUGAAUAUGCCAGGAGGCCUUCUAUGUCCAUAGUUGUGAAGCUUUUUGAGGGCUCAGUUGAUGUUGUCAGUAACAUGAAUGAAGAAGAUCUUUUAAAUGGAUUAACACAUGAAGCUAUGGAGACCUUUGCUUCAACAGUUCUACCCUCAAUGUUAUCUGGGCCAAGGUGA